UACUUUGUCUUGGCAAACGUUACAUGACUUCAUAAAGUGUUGGCGACACAUUAACGUGAAUCAAAAGCAGCAGACAAAAUCUGACGGUUUUUGUACACUACUCGCUUACUAUGGAUACCCCUACAUAUUUUUACCACGCGACCACUGUGGUAAAUGAAGCUUCGAUAAAAGUAGAUAUAUUCUAAAACCACAGGUACACAAUCCUCUCGCAACAUGGAUGCGGUUGGUACCCAACUUCCCUGACUUGGUACCAGCCGGGGUGUGGUUCUGUGCCACACUCUACAAUGGAGGUCUGCCACAAUUCUCUCCGUAUGGCGAUAGACGGGUGAAGAUUCCAUUUGCAGGUGUAAUACAACAACUUGGAGGAAACGUUAAGCUAUUUAAAGAUGUUAUUGAUCGACAUUCUAACGGAAACACCUAUGUCAAGUUGAUGCUUGUGAAGGGAAACGACAAUAUUGAACUAUUUAAACACAUGACGGAACUGGACACCGCCAACAAUCCUUGGCUAAAACUGUACGGGGGAAACGGGGUUGCGAAAACACCAAUAUGGGUGGAAAUAUACGUUCCGUACCCGAUUGAUGUCAGUAACUGUAUCUGGGAAGAAGUCCAAAGAAUAUGACGGAGAAAGAAGGACUUUGAAGAAUAUCCACAACAGGAACUCUCGCCAAAGGCGCCUUACCUUGUGUGAUUCUACACCAAUGCUAUUGAACGUUUCUAAUCUUUCACUACGAGAAGUGAUUCCGAAUUAAUUCAAUAUUUAAUAUUUAUUCAGAGUUAAUAUAAUAUAUUUACCGUAAAUUCCGUGCAGUCCUUUCCAUUACAAUCAGAAUACACAAAAAUGAGUAAUUAACAGUAACGACAGGACGUGACUGGAUUCAAACUAAUGAAAACUACCUUGAUAGAAAAACUUUGCAGAAGAAAAAACGUAUUGCAACCAAUCACAUGACAGGAAAGAACGAAUCGGAACCGAACAGGAAUAGAAGUCACUGACGAUGCUCUAGUAGCAGCAUGCAUAUCUUUAAAGAAGUAACACAAAAGAAAAAAACCAAUCUUUUGUACACAAGUAAUAAAACUGUUAGAAAUGUUUCAUACUUUCGAUUAAAACCUGUUUUUUGGAUGGAAAA